AUGCCCGUCCACCCCUCCCUAGAAGGGUCAUCCUUCGACGCUGACCUCCGCGACCGCCACUUGAUAUACGACUACGACGCACAAGACAGCGCCGGUCGACCCGAGAAAUGGCGUUACGAGAUGUGGUUCCAAAACGAAGACCGCAUCAACUAUGCAAUUCACGGUGGCCCAAUGGCAGGCCGCAUCAACUUCCAAGCCGCCGAAUAUCAAUGCAUCCGACCGGGCGAGCUAUGGCAAUGCAACUGGCUCGAAGAGACUGGAACAAUGUGCUCGCUGGUCUUCGACAUUCCGCGACAGAAGAUUACUACCAUGCUGGGGUUUUCCAAGGGUCAUUGGGAGAAGGCGGAAGAUGCACAUGGCGAUAAGAGGAACCCGGCGGAUCUGGAGAGGUGGAGGGGUCUGGCGAAGAUUGGGAUCCAGACGGACAGGGUACUGCUCUCUGAACAAGCGGAUAUCUUGGAGGAUUUCCGGGGACCUGGCAAUCUGAAGCCUGCUGAUAAUAGCUGGCCAACUUUGUGA